AUGGGUUCAUGCUGUUGCAAAGGCAAAGAAAAAAUUCUGCCUUACAUCAUGGAUGUUCAUAUGCAAAUUUCGCCUCGUGAUAACGAAAGACAAGAAAUCAAAAAGAAAAUGUGAAUAGAAAAAGCUAAAAAUGCACCUUUGCUUGAUAUUAAUUCCAACCCAUUAUAUAGACAAAGAAUGAUAGAAAGUUUUACAAGAAGCAGCAGAUCCAGCUUAUCAUCUGCUGGAAGGAGUUCUUUAUCUGCUUCUUAUUCCUUCUUGUAUGGGAAUUAA